AAUUUUACCGUUGGUAGCGCCACUCUUCUUUGAGAAGGAGCGGGCGGAAUUCGGAAACUAUCCGUUACGGGCCACCGCCAGAACUCAUUCCUACUACUACUAUUUAAAUGGAUCCCAGCCAUACCUAUCCCCAUUUUUCUUCCGUGAACCAAAAAAAGUUGGUAUUUUCUGAUGUGAGAGACGAGAAUUUGGGAGCCCUAGGCAGAAGAAGCCGCUGAGAUGAGGAGAAUAAGAAAAAAGCUAAAUUUUUGUCAGAAUUUGGGAGCCGUAUGAAGAAGAAGUGGUUGAGAUGAGGAGUCGAAGAAAAAAGUUCAAUUUUUGUCAGUUGCAACAGUUCAAGAAUUAAUAAUGGAACCAGCCCGUCUCUUUCCAGUCCACCAUUGCUACCAUUCUCUCGUCAAAAUUGGCCACAUAAUAUAAUCAAGUGUUCUGAUCAGUACCUACUACUACCAAGAUGACCGUAAAAGGUGGCACCAGCCCUGCCUGUGCUGCAUGCAAAUAUCAACGGAGAAAGUGCUCAUCAGACUGCGUUCUUGCUCCAUAUUUUCCUGCCAAUCAACACAAGUCCUUUCAAAAUGCGCAUCGGCUCUUUGGGGUGUCCAAGAUUGUGAAGAUACUCGAGCAGUUAAGCACUCUUGAACAGCAGGAAGAAGCCAUGAAAUCUAUUAAAUACGAGUCAGAUAUGCGGGAAAGAUACCCUGUUCACGGCUGUGCAGGGAUCGUCCACCACCUUCGUGAACAAUUACGACUAGCCACGGAAGAACUUCACUAUGUUUAUGCACAACUUGCUGCCCAUCGCGAACAGAUUCCCAAUAAUCAACAACAGUUGGGCUGUUCUUCUUCGGAUUAUUCUUCUUCUCAUCAGCCUCAGUUACUCCACUCGGGCGUCAUGAUCAAUAACAGUUGCAGCACCACUCAAUCUAUCGAUGCUCUGCCGUUUUUCCAGCAUCAUUAUGCUGGCAGUAUGCAUGAUUGUGAAAUGCCUUUUACGAUGGAUUAUUUUCUGGCAAAUGAAAAUUAUGGUGAUGAUACUGAUGCUAAUGAUGACAAGGGUGUUCGACACCGCGACUCCAAUGAUCAUGUGGCUAAACCUCUACUUGGAUUGGAGCCCGUCUACACUAAUACGCCUCCCGACCCUUAUUGUGAUUUGAUAAGAAAUAACGUUAAUUCAGUAGUAGGUAAUCAGCCUGAAGUUAUUGCCAAUUCAAAUCAGGCUUUUGGGAUUCAACCAGAGAUCAAAGUUUUUGAUCAGGACUAUGAAGACAUGCCGCCCUUCAAUGCAAUGGUGGACGACAGACAAUCAUAUGUUGAAACCAAGGAAGCCUGUGAAUCCAGCUCCGUGGAAUCAUCGUUCAGGGAUUUUCCACAACCGGCAGAACAGGAAUCAGGGAUGGAAAGUGAGUUACGGACUGCUGCGGCCUGCUUUAGCCUUACCAGCGUCAACUAA